AUGAAACCUCCACCAUCAUCAUCAAUGGCUUCUGUAUACAUGAUAUCUUUAAUUCUUCUUCUCAUUGCUAGUGUAACCCAUGGAGUUAGAGAUUUAGGUCAACAAACUCUUACUGAUUCUUCAUCAUCAACUCACAAACGCUUAAAUAACAUGAUUGAAACUUUAAUGGCUACUAAAGAUUUCACCCAUUGGGGAGAACUACUCUCUGAUCUCUCUAAAACUGAUCCUUACUUCAAUUUUCCAGUUUCUGCAACCCUAUUCAUCCCAGAUGAUAAUCCCUUCUUCACUAAUACCACUUCUUCCAUUUCAUCAUCAACUAUUCGCUAUCAUAUCAUCCCAGAAAAACUACCAUUCUCUAAACUUGAAAAUCUUCAUGUCGGUUCAAAAAUCAACACCCUCUUGCCUUCAAAAUCGAUCACUGUUACUGAUAAUUCAAAAUAUAAUUACAUGAUUAAUGGAAUUCAAAUAACCCAUCCGGAUCUGAUUAUGAACCAAGUUGUUGUGGUGCAUGGGAUCAAAUCACAUCUUGAUUACUCUGCAGUUUUUGAAGAUGAUCUUUGUCAAAGCUUGACAGAAGGGUACCCAUUCUACUUUUUAGAUCGAGAUAUAAUUUCAAAAGAACAACAAAUGGUGGUGAAAGCAUUGCUGUCUGCUAGGAAUUACACGAAUUGGGUAAAACUUUUGUGCUUAACUCACCCUUCUGAUUUUCAACGUAAUCUGACUUUUUUGGUGUCUACUGAUAAUCCAUUGUGGGAUAACCAAAUGAAGAGGUACAAAUCCCAGUAUCAUCUAGAUUAUAUCAUUGCUUACAACACUAUUCCAUCGUAUUUGCCAUUUUCUGCUCUUCUAAAGUUAGAUAUUGGUUCAAACAUCUCAACUUAUGUAUCUGAAAAACCACUUGUGGUAACAAAUACUUCAUACUCAAACUUUACAAUUAAUGGUGUUCUAAUCACCCAUCCUGAUCUUUUUACGAAUGGAGCUAUUGCUGUGCAUGGGAUCGAAUCCACUUUGACGAUCAAGGACUUAACGUUUGUAGAAAGGGCUAAUAUCUUUGUUUACGACAAUGAGAUGGGUAUUACAUGGGUACUGAUAAUAUUUGUGAUGUUAUUCAUGUGGUGGAGAAGUACGAUAAUAGAGAGAGCUAGGAGGCAGGCACACGCACACCCUGAUUAG